AUGGGUGACAUCUACAACUCAGGUGAGAGGGAGAAGGGGAGUGAUGUGCCUAGGGGCACCAAGACCUUUGGGGUCUCUGGGAGCUCGGAGGUGAAGGUCUUUAUGCUCUACAAUCCUGCAAGGGUGGCAGAGCCUGCAGGCCGGGCCCAUUGGCCCCUGGACGCCAAUGUGGAUGUGGUUGUGUCCGUGGACAUGGCCAGUAAGGAGUUAAAUGACCUCAAGGUGAAGGUGUCAUACUUCGGGCCACAGGAAACUGAUGCCCUGGGCCACAGCGUGCUAUACCUCACAGGUGUCGAUAUUUCCCUCGAUGCUGACACAGGCCGCACAGGCAGGGUGAAAAGAAGCCCAGGUAACAAGAAAACCUGGCGCUGGGGCUCUGGGGGCUCUGGGGCCAUCCUGCUGGUUAACUGUGACAGGGACAGCCACGGGUCCAGGGAGGACCUGCAUGCCAGUCAGCUGAGUUCUCUAGAGGACCUGCAGGACAUGUCCCUCAUGGUGCUGAGCUGCAGUGGCCCCGAUCAACUCUUUGAAAGCCACAAGCUGGUCUUGAAGGUGUCCUUAUCUGAUUCUAGAAGACUGAGGGUCUACUGUGCCCGGGGUGGAACCUCCCUCUCCAACUACAAGCAGGUGCUGGGGCCUCAUCACCCAUCCUACGAGGUGGAGAGGCAUCGGGGAGAGAAGGACAUCAGGUUUCAUGUGGAAGGGCUUGCCUUCCCCGACGCUGAUUUCUCAGGCCUGGUCUCGCUCAGCAUUAGCCUGGUGGACCCAAGGCCCCUGUCCGAGGUGCUGCUUUUCACAGACAGUGUGGCCUUCCGUGUGGCCCCCUGGAUCAUGACCCCCAACACCCAGCCCCCCCUGGAGCUCUAUGUGUGCAGUGUGACAGACGCCCAUGGCCGCAAUGACAAGUUCUUGGAGGACAUGGCCCACCUAGCUCUAAAGGCCAACUGCAAGCUGGUGGUCUGUCCUGAGGCAGAGAACAGAAAUGACCGCUGGAUCCAGGAUGAGAUGGAGUUUGGCUACACCGAAGCCCCUCAUAAAUCCUUCCCUGUGGUCUUCGACUCCCCUCGAGACAGAGGCUUGAGGGACUUCGCCCAUAAGAAGAUUCUGGGUCCUGACUUCAGAUACGUGACCCGGGAGAUCCAGUAUGUGGGUGCUUCUGGCCUUGAUUCCUUUGGCAACCUGGAUGUGAGCCCACCAGUGACGGUGGGUGACACCGAGUACCCCCUGGGCAGAAUCCUCAUUGGGGGCAGCUUCCCAAGGUGA